UCCACGGAUGAGAGCACAUUACCACUAAAGUUAACAUUUGUGCACAGAUGUUAGACGCAUUACGAUUAUGAAUAUUGUAAUUUAAAAUUUAAUUGAACGACCCCUCAUCAUGCGUAAGUGUAGAAUUCCAAAUUGUCCUGCAGAGCCGGAAGAGACAGUCUUUAGAUUACCCAGUGAUUCAGCCACUCGGGAGAAGUGGAGACUUGCAAUUCGUAAAGUAUACCCUAACCUUCGUGUUAACAAUUGGUUUACUAUUUGUGGAAGACACUUCAGAAGUAUAGAUUUCGGUUUCACUGUCAACGAUGGCAAGGGAAAUGUCAUCUACCAGGAUUUUAAUCCGGGGAAGAGACGACUCAAACGUGGAGCUGUACCUGUUCUAGAUGAAGACUUGGAAAAUUACAUGGAAUGGAAAAUGACAGGAUGCCGGAAGAGGCUGAAAGAAGGGGUUUAUCCCAGAUACUUCUCGUGUCAAGCUACCUCAAAAUUUGCGUCUGCAUACGUAUCACCCUGCGCCGCACCGAGUUCUAGUGGAAUUAAAGAGGAAGUAGAAGUUAAAGAGGAGGAUCCCUUAGCAAUUGAAGAUCAACCCCAGAUAAAAGUGGAGGAUGGAGCGCCCUCAUUUCGACUAGUAGAACCGUUUAAUUUUGUCGGCAUCAAAUCAGAAUCUGUCGAUCUAGCUGAAGAUACUAUUGAUAACACUAGGCUGCAGUGAACGACGAGGCGGUGCGCAUGUGCCACAGCCGCGAAUUAGGGCUGAACAUUGACUGAUGUUUAAUUAUUACAAAAUGUCUGAACCAUUUUUUUACAUAUCGAAUGUAUUUUGCAACACGUCUUAAGCUUCGUAGAACCGAUGUAGAGGCUUUUUUUUUCGAAAUGUUAUCAAGAGAAAUUUUUUGCGGAAUAUUUUCUGCCUAAAAAGAGGUCGCCUGAUUAUGUCGGCAUGAAGCUCUUUGUUUCGGAGAUGAAUAGAUAACUAUCAAGAGCUUGAACACGUGUAACACGUGUUCAGGUGAGUCACGUGCUGUUAAUCAAUGCAGCAGGAGUGAAAUAAUAUUUUUGAUAAUUCAUAGAAGUAGAUAGGACGUUCAUAAACCGAAAUUUUAAUGCUCUCGAUUGACAAGAUUAAAAAAAUAUCAUUUUUUCAAUUCAAUAGCCAAGUGGUAAAAGGAGUUCAGUGCAUUUAAAAGAAAAAUAAAAAAUUUGCGUGAAUUACAUUGAAAUAUUAAUUUUCGAAUGGUAAUAAUAAUAUUACGAAUUUCGAAUAAAUGCACUUAUCUUCUUUUACCUAUCCGCUACUGAAUUUUAUUUCAUUGAAGAAUGUAAAGAGAUGAUCAAAUAACUAACGAGGGGUUUUACGAAAAAUUUUGCAGAUUUAAUAAGGCUCUUUUGAAAUUUAAUGCUGGGACCUCUCGUUCCGCCCACAAACGUGCAAUUAUUCCAGUAAUUCAACUCCAUCAAGAGAUGAGUUUGGAAUUCGUAUGGAGAUUAUUCUGUGUCUAUACUCGGAAGGGAGAGAUUUAACGGAGAAUUUUCAUUUUCAACGCGUCCUAAAUUUUUUCGAAGAGAAAUUACAUGAAGAAUUUUUCAAACUCCAGUGUAAACUUCACAGAGAAGAAAUUGAGAAAAUUGAAGCAAACGAUACGUAAAUUAUUGCGUUAAUAAAUUCAUGCUGCUCACUGGGCAUCAACGAUUUUAAUUACUGUAGUCAUUAAUACGUAAAAAGAAAUUAUAACAUGAAAAUUUAGAUUCCUCCACUUUCCAAUUAUUACGCAAGAAAAUAUUCCCGGCAUGAUACCGUUGAAAAAACAACCCACUCUUCACUCCUGACCAUGCUCCGUGAAUUCGGGCAUCCAUUGCACUUCAGCUGAAGGACUUAUGGACUUCAUACAAUACUCCAGUGAAUUCCAGCACUCAACUCUUCCUAGGUAAUUUUUUAUUACGUAAAUACGAAGGUGGGAGAAAAUAGUCACGAAUUCAUCCGAUCAGUGUGUAAAAUGUUGCGAAAAUGAGAGCAACUGAUAUCAAUCUUCGUAAUUUGUAAAUAAUAUUUUCGUUCAUAAAAACUCAUAGAGAAAAAAUAUGGAAAAACACCGGCAUUGUACAUGUUUAGAAUAUUAUGGUAUUGUAUUGCUGUUGUAAAGAUGAUUAUUAUUACUUUAACAAUAAAAAAUGUUCGAUGU